GUGAUAAGUGAUAACACGAGAUGACAACUCUGAAAGAAAAAUUCAAAAACCGUUUGCUUGUAUAAAGUUUGUUUAUAGUUUGUAACUUAAAUCAAAAACAGUUUAUGAACAUUUCCCUCAGAUUUGUAUAUAUUUAUUUCACUUUGUUUCCUUGAAAUUUAUUUAAUUAGUGUCUUUUUUUUUUAUUGCAAUAAUGGCGCCCCAAAAAGGAAAAACCGGUACCAGAGGUCAAAAACAGAUCCUGGAAGAGAACUCGGCGACGUUGAAGUUUUACCGUAACAUGAUAAUCGCCGUCAGCGCCAUUUAUGUGGUUUUCAAUUUAGUGUUUGAAAAUGUUCUUUCACUUACAAGCAUAUUUAUUUACGCGUUAAUCAUAGCGUCACACGCAGGCAGUUACCAAUUUAUGUCAUACAUGGCCAACGCAAAGUAUACAGAAAGUGGCCAGUUACUAGAUUCCGGCACUGAUCUCAAUAUGGAAGGAGGCUUGGCUGAGCACACUAAGGACUUGAUUAUUUUGACUUCGGGUUGUCAACUGUUGUCGAUGAUUAGCAACUAUUUUUGGUUCCUUUGGCUUUUGGCACCGGGCCGAGCAUUUUGGAUUUUAUGGAAAAACUUUUUGGGACCGUACUUGGCGCAAAAAUCUGCUGACGAACCACCGGAAAUAAGCGAGAAAAAACAAAAGAAAUUGGAAAGGCGGCAAAAGCGACAGCAAAACGUUCGCCAUUAGUUUUGUGAACGGCCGUCAAACGAGCUUAAUAUAUAUUUUGUGUUUGUAAGAGUUUUUUUUCAGUGUUGUACAAUAUCUAAUUUAGAUAUGUAAUCUUUGUAAUUAUCUUAUGAGAAAAGUAUUUGAAUUGUUUUUUUUAUAUAGUUGAAUUACGAUUUUACUAAACGUAUACAACAACUCAACGCCUUUUGUAGUAUAAUUAUAAUUUUUUUUUUUGUCAAUGUUUUUUAAAAUGUAUUUUUUCUUAUUUUUUACUCGAAAGUCAAUUGUAAAGAAACGGUUUAUAAAAUUACUCGUACGUAACACGACGCUGUUUUAAUAA